UGAGAGAAGGAGAUGUCAUCUAUGACAAACACAUUUUAACAUGUACAGGGCGACAGGUUUCUGAAGGUGUAUCGGGUCACGGCGUCCGUAAAUAACGAAAGGAAACAUGGCGACGGAGUACCUGAAACCCGGUCGAAGAAAACCAAUGUAGUUUGUGAGAGAUGCGUGGUCAAAUUAACACUGCGGAUGGUUGAGUGUUUUAACGUUGGCAGUCUGAUGACAAGAUGGGUGGCCUUCUGGGUACCUGGCUGGUGACCUUGCUGUACGUCGCUUCAGCCCAGACGGCCAUAUCAUGUCCGGAGGAACGCCAACGGAUACGGAAAGUUACGGAGAAUAAAUCCACUUGGGACGUUGGCCCCGACAUCGGAGAGUCUGUCUGCGCAUGGCGGCUCGAGGUAGACGACCCUGACCGAGUUAUCGUUGUCAUGCCAACUGGCGACCCAGCUCAGGCACCCGGAUGUAAAAACCUUUCGGUCGAGUUCUCACCGAAUAGAAAAGAACAUUUGUGUGGAGUGUUUUGGAGUUCAGACAGAGUUCUCGUUCUUUAUUUGACACCACCAGACAACGCCACUAGCUUUCAAUUCAACAUUACCUACUACUCUAAAAUGAAGGACGACUACGAAAGCCAAACCGUGUUCCAGGCCUACCCAGACCCGUCUGUUAUAUGGGUGUCCGGAUCUCAACACGCAGACAGCAACACGUCUUAUCCCGUCUUUGACUGGCUGCUAAAGACGCACAGCGCUUGUAUCGAAAUCAAAGUCCUUGAUCAUCCAUCAAUACGCAGAUAUAUCAGUGUUCAUGAUGGAAGUGACGCGGAGUCGCCGGAGCUGGGCGUGUGUGGGGGCUUGGACCCGGGCCAGAUAUCAGGGACGACCAACGCGAUGUUUGUGAGGAGAAAGUCACACACAGACCUGUUCACAAAGACCACCUCGCCUCAACCUGGAUUCUGGAUCUCCUUCAAAUCAACAUCUGUUUGUAAUGGUGACGUCAUUCACCUCCGUGCAGCUAGUGAUAUACAAGCCAUCCACUCCCCCACAAUAUCACCGACCAAUCAGAGCUACCCAACAAACAUCAAGUGUCGCUGGUUAAUACAAAGCGCUAGUACAGGCAACGUGAUCAGUCUAAAAGCCUUGAAGUCUGACCUGGAAUCCACCUACAAGUGUGUCAAGGACAGUCUGGUGGCCUUUGAACCCUUGACUAGCGUACUGAUUAAGCGAUGGUGCGGACAGACGGAACCGAACCUGGUGUCGUCCAGUUCCACCAUGCUAGUCGAGUUUGUAUCCGACUCGUCCGACGUAAAACCAGGAUUCCUGCUGCAAUACCGAACUAGGGAUAAAGUGACAUGUGGCAGCACUUAUUUGAAUGCACCGACUACCGGAUACCGACGUGUUUUCGAGUCGCCAGGAUACCCGGCAUAUUACCCAAACAAUCUGGACUGUGAGUGGCAGGUGCAGUCGGACUCGGCGUACUAUGGCGUACGGCUGGAACUGACCAUGGUGAACCUGGAGAGAACUGACCAGGGAGACUGCGUGGACUACCUCCACAUUCAAGAUGGAGACGCAGUUCGGUCGAGUGUCUGUAAGCCGGGGCAUGCCGGGAAGAUGUUCGAGUCGUCUCAGUACGGACUGGUCGUGUCUUUCCACAGCAAUUCGAAUAUCACCUACCCGGGCUUCAAAAUCACUUACUACUCGUUUCCCAAGUCUACUAAAGACUUUGGCUGUAAAGCAUAUCUGAAUGCUACAGAAAACCCCCAGCAGCUGUUCUCCCCUGCCUACCCACAGGAUUACCCAAAUAACUUGCACUGCAGCUGGAUUUUCAAGGCUAAGGAACACGACAGCAUUAUCGUCAUCGAAGUGGUCGACUCGGAGAUGGAGAUAUCGCCCACCGACGACGGCGACUGUUCCGCCGACUACGGCGUGGCAUACGACGGUCCUGACGAAACCUACCCUGUGCUGGGUCGCUGGUGUGGCCUCGCCGAGCCCUCGUUCCGCAGUCGGAGUCAAUACCUGAACCUGGUGUUUGUCACCGACCCCGUGCGACGAUACAGAGGCUUCGAGAUCAAUUUCUACACCAUGAAAGAUUAUAAGUUCUGCCCUUACAGAAGAGUGAUGAAACUUGCUGCAACGAGCAGAAUAAAAUAUUUUAACUCGCCAAACUAUCCAAAGAAUUACCCCAGUAACAUCGACUGUCGUUGGUUGAUCUCGGCUCCAAAUUCCUCAAUGGUGGUCAAGUUGGUUGUCGUGGAGUCGGAUCUGGAGACGUCUCAAGUGUGCUCCUUCGACGCAGUCUACGUUUACGACGGGAAGCAAGCAACUGCCGUUAAACAACUUGGGUAUUUCUGUGGUGCUUCCACCCCCGUGUUUAGGAGCACCCAACAACACAUGUAUCUGGAGUUCAAAUCAGACUCCUCUACCAGCGAACGUGGGUUUAAAAUAAUGUAUCAAGCUAUCCGCAUUUCAGAUAGCAAAAACAGUUCCGUAGUUGGCAUCAUAAUAGGAUGUGUUCUCGGCGGACUGGCGCUUGUAGCCGCCAUUGCCACGACGACGGUGUUUAUUGUUCGACGACGUAAGCAGCGUGGCCGCGAACCACAGACCGACUCCCGAGCGCGGCGUGCCAGCGGCAUCGUGGUUAACGUCAACAGAACGGACAACACCGUGUUCUUCAUGUCGCCUGUCUUCUUCACUCACGGCGACUCCACCGAUCACCUCGAAUUGCCUGCGCCCCCUCCGUACCCGGGUCUACCCAACGACAGCUUCAUCUCAGAUUGUCAACAUCUGUAUGACGUGAACGACUUACCUCCCCCUUACUCUGAAAUCGACACGAGUUUGACGUCUGCAUCGAACGUCUUGCCGCCAACAGUUCCUAACGCAGGCGACACGUCUGCUGCCAGAGGUGAACCAGGUGCAGAGACCUCGCCUCCGAGACCUGUGAUAUACAGAGAUCGCAGACGACCAGGCUUCGGAAAACCCAACAGAAACUCCAUAGAGACGUGCGUUUGAUGGCUCAUUGAGCAGAGGCAGAUUCAAAGGGGAUCAGGAGACCUAUCCCUCCCUUAAAUAAGGCCUAUAUUGGAGUGCCUUUUUCUGGGGUUUAUCCCCCCCCCCCCCCCCACUAGAAUGCCCUUUUCACAAGUUGGUUACUGUGCCUUUUCCCCCUUCGUUCCCCCUCUAAAAAUAUUUCCUAGAUCCGGUUUUUGAUACACAUAGCGCUGGGGCGGAUUCAAAUGGAACAAGGGACCCGUCACCUUCCAAAAAUACAUUAAAAUUCCUUUGUUUACCACCGUUUUUUUAAUUGGGAUGCCCUUUUCACGAGUUGUUCAAUGUGCCUUUUUUCCCCCCUUUCGUACCCCUUCCUAGAUUAGCCCCAAGUUCAGCCAGCAAACGUUUCGCUAACUUUCGCGAACUAUUUGAAUGGUUCCCGAAGUGGUAAUUCGGUUUACUGUGUAGAGUAAAAAUCAGUCUAACGAACGUUAGCGACAAGCGGUUGACUGAACAUAUUCCGGACAUUUACAAAAAAACGGCUGGAUGUAAACGAAAUACAAGUCUGUAGGAAUGGUUGUUCCUCCGAACUCUGUGUCUCCUAGCAAUAGCAGUCCUAAGUCUAGCAUAUCUAGCAAUGCAAUCAAAAUUUAAGUCAAGUGGUAUGUAUGGAAAUUGAACUGCAAUGAAAACGAAUCAAAAAGCAGUUUCUAUGAUUACUAAGAAAUGGGAGUCUAAGACUACUCUACCUAGGAACCGAGGUCCGCAGGAUGUGACAGGAUCUCGGUUCCUACAGACUUUCAUUCCUGUAACACCGGCUGUUUAACGACGACGCACCUUUGUGGGGCUUUGUGUUGAGACCUGGGGCCUAAUUCACUAAACUCUCGCAACUUUGCGAUCUCGCAGUGCAAUGCUAAAAGACUUGCGAAGAGGAUACGUUUGUUGUCUAGCAGCGCCUAAGAGACCGUUAUGAAUUAGGCCCUUGUACUGUCAGUAGACAACACAAAAACAAUUCGCAAGAUUCUGUGUUGAAAAAGAGUGAGGCGUGUUUGUGUGAUUCACUGGAUUACGUGGAGUACAGUCACAAAACGUGUACACAUAGACAGUUCGUAUAUAAUAUACUUUAUAGCACACAUAUGACAAAGUCAAUGCACUAUAUUAGUUCAUUGUUAAAGACUUGUGGCAGCUUGUGUUUAGUCAAAUGUUAAAAUAUUUAUGCAAGUCAGCAUCCAUUUGUUUUGUUGUCUUAUUCAAUCUUUUCAUGUUGCAUAAAUGAUGUGACAAUCAGCACGUUUGUUACGUAUGCAUGUGUUAAUACCUUUGUUUACGUUAAUCAUGUACAUGUAUAUAUGUAUUUAUAAUAAUCAAGUCAACUUUUGCAUUGAGCUACAAAUCAUGUUUUCGCGUAUAGCUUUAUUUUUCACAAACUAAAUCCUAGACAAAUGAAACUUGGCUUAUAUUUACAUCCCGAUGCAUUUAUGCAUGUGUGUGUGUGUGUGUGUGUGUGUGUGAGAGAGAGAGAGAGAGAGAGAGAGAGAGAGAGAGAGAGAGAGAGAGAGAGAGAGAGAGAGAGAGAGAGAGAGUACGAGUACUUUUAUAACGAACCGGAAGGGACCAUGAUCAUUAGUUCGUUAUAGUAGUAGUUCGUUGUACACAUUUGGAAAAACUUGGCCGUUUUCAUUUCCAAAGUCGGCCAUUUUCUCAUGAAUUUUUCUCAUUUAAAACACCUUACAUAUAGUAUACAUAGAGAAUAAUACAUGAGUGGCCGUUAGAUACCAUUUAUCUCACAACGAGUUGUUUUAAAAUGUAUCUAACGAGCGAAAGCGAGUUUGAUAUUUUUUUAAACAACGAGUUGUGAGAUAAAUGGUAUCUAACGGUCACGAAUGUAUUAUUCCAUUUCUUACAUAUACUCAAACACCAGGCUUUAAACAACUUUUAACAUCUUUUUCGACUAAACGUUAUUUACAACCCAUGAUUGUCAGGUUGACUAUACGUCACAAUGUGAUCGAUUUCUAUCGUGUAGUUUUUCAUUGGAUGUAUGGCAAUGGUGACCUGUCAUCAACUAGGAGCAGCCAUUCGUAUGUCUUGAAAUUGUUAACACACGUACAUGAGUAAUCAACCCAUGUGUUGUCAAAAAUAACACAUAGUGUUCUCAUCAAGGGGGGUGUAGGAAACACAUUUAACCGCAAUUUUAUUGUCAACAAUAAACACUUUAAUAUGUUGUGGUCGUGUUUGCUGCACUGCAGUUUUUGCUUUAAAUAACAUUCCAUUUAUGUUCGGUUCGUUGUAUAAUCAACUUGUUUGGCUUGUUUUAAAAGUUAAUUCGUUAUACAUAGUUCGUUCUAUACAUUAAAAUUUAUUUAAAUUGAUUAAUAAUACACACAUGUAUAUAGAGUAAAAAACACACGGGACUUUACGACAAGUUUGUUGUAUGCAGUAGUUUGUUGUAAGCGUGUUCGUUCUAAGUUUACUUUAAUAUAUAUAUAUAUAUAUAUAUAUAUAUAUAUAUAUAUAUUUGUGCGUGUGUGUUUGUGCGCGUGUAUGUACGUACGAGCGCGUAUGCUCGUAUGUAUAAGUAUGCGUAUAUCUAUGUAUGUGUUUGUAAAUGAAACACUUAUUAUUUGUUUAUUCACCGAAUCAGGUUAUGGUAGGCGAUAUAUUCAAUUCCGAUGCAUUAAUUGUUGUUAUGCUAAACGACUAUAUGUGUACAUCUACAUGUAUUUGUUAAUUAUAUAGGCAUAUAUGUAUAUUGAUCAUUUGUUUUAAAUAUCCAGAAAUAUAUGCUGAAUAUUCAAAUAUGCAUACUAAUCAAGUGUCUAUAUGUUUAUAUGUUCGUAUAUAUUGUACAUAUAUUUAUGUUGAUCAAAUAAAGGCGUAUUUUUGUUA